AAGAGGAAAUGAUGGACAAUAGGACCAAUUCUGAUCUGCAAGACAAACUUCCUGUCUUCUCUGAUCCUGCCCACUUGCCGCUGACCAGGUCCUUCUAUCUGGACCCCAUGGUCACUUUCCACCUGUACCCGGAGGCCCCUGUGCCCUCCCCUUACUCUGAAGAGCUGCCAUUGCUGCCUUUUCCCAGUGACUCCCUGAUUAUGGACAAUUUCGGUGAACCCUGCCCCAUCUCUUUCCCAAUACCUUAUCCAAAUUACAGAAGGUGUGAAUACUCCUAUGGGCCGGCCUUUAUCCGGAAAAGGAACGAGCGGGAAAGACAGCGGGUAAAGUGUGUCAACGAAGGCUAUGCCCAGCUCCGACAUCAUCUGCCAGAGGAGUAUUUGGAGAAACGACUCAGCAAAGUGGAAACCCUUAGAGCUGCAAUCAAGUACAUCAACUACCUGCAGUCUCUUCUGUACCCUGAUAAAGCUGAGACCGAGAAUAACCCUGGAAAAGGUUCCUCCAUAAUGGCAACCACCAGCCACCACCCUGACCGUAUUUUUAGAAUCAUUUGAGUCAGUAUUUCAAAACGGAGACAAAUUUUAAUUAUACAAAAUGGGGUCUCUUACAGCAUCAUUCAGUAGUUUUUCCUAAAUGUAAUUUCUG